UUCUUUUCUUUCAGGACCAGCCCUCUGCCCUGGGUCCCAUCACGAAUUCCUCGUUGCCUUGGAAACUGCCCACAACAGCAAAGUGUUUCGAGGAAAGUCAGAGCUUCCGGCAAAUCUCGGCAACCUGGACACCUAAUACCCGAGAAAACCACCGUUACUGGAGGAUAAAAAUCUGUAAAAUCUGGCUGUCGAGGAGGAUUUUCUGUGAAGGAAUGUUGCAAUCAUGUCCGUCAGCUCUAGGAUGGAUAAAGCGAACUUCAGGAACAGACCCAGCCAGCCCUUAGUGCCCGCAGAGACACUCAAGGAGAUGCAGCAAAAGUUGAAAGAGGAGCGUGAAGCUAAGCGGGCUCAGCUGGAUGGAAGACAUGACUACAUCCUUAGUAUUGUGGCCUCAUGUCUGGGACUGGAGAAGGCUGAUGUGGAAGAUGCCAUACUGGACGGACAUCAGAUUGACCGUAUGGAGCAGUUCUUUGUGGCUAACGGUCUUCCACACCUCAUGUUCUUCUACCAAGCCACUGAGCAAAACGAAGCAGCAGCCACAUCUGCAGCCUCUGCAGCUUCACAGCUUGUUUCCCAGCAGCCCGGUCACAGCAAGAAGUCCAAAUUGUUUGUAACAGACGGGAGAGACGUGGCUCUGACUGGAGUGUGUGUCUUCUUCACCAGAGCCAGCUCUUUGAAGACAAUCACCUCUGAGAACAUACAUAGAGAUGUGAAUUUCAACAUGUUGGACACGACAGAGGUGGGUCUGCUAAAAAGCGUGGAGCAGUUGCUCUCUGAGAUUUUCAUCCCUACGCUGAGGAAGAUGAACCAUGGCUGGGGGGAGCUGGCCCAUUCCAAGGCUGUCAAACAGGACUUCAUAUCCUCACUGGAAAGCUUUGUGUCUGUUCUGGCUGGAGCAGAGGAGAGUCUGCAAGAAAAGGUUACCUUGAAAGAGUGCGACACAUUUGAUUUGCGGGUGUUGAAAGGCCCAUCAGACUACGUGGCAGCAGCCAACAGCACAGAGACCAUGGAGAAGAUGGAGGCCUGCAUGAAAGUGUGGAUCAAACAAAUAGAGCAGGUUCUAGAGGAGAGCGAACAGGUGAGAAAGGAGGCUGAUCUGGGCCCUCGGGCUGAACUGGACCACUGGAAGAAACGAAUGUCUCGUUUCAACUACCUCCUGGACCAGCUGAAGAGCCCCAGUGUCAAGGCUGUGCUGGGCGUGCUGUUGAUGGCCAAAUCUAAACUAAUAAAGUCGUGGCGGGAGUUGGACAUUAGGAUCACCGAUGCAACCAAUGAGGCCAAAGACAAUGUCAAGUACCUCUAUAGCCUGGAGAAGUUCUGUGACCCGCUCUACAACAGCGACCCUGUGUCAAUGGUGGACGCGAUCCCAGGGCUGAUUCACGCCAUCAGGAUGAUUCACAGCAUUUCUCGUUACUACAACACAUCAGAAAAGAUUAUAUCACUUUUUCUCAAGGUGACAAACCAGAUGAUCACAGCCUGCAAAGCCUACAUCACCAGUAAUGGCUCUAAUUCCGUAUGGGACCAACCUCAGGAAGUUGUUGCUGAGAAAAUCAAAGCUGCAAUUCACCUAUACCAGGAGUAUCAACGGUGUUUCCAUAAAACCAAAAAGAAACUGGAAGAGACUCCCUCAGAGAGGCAGUUUGACUUCUGUGAAGUGCAAAUCUUUCGAAAGUUUGACACAUUUCAGCAACGACUCAACAAGAUCCUGGAGAUGUUCAGCACCAUUUCCACCUACUCUGCCCUCCAGGACUCCAAGAUCGAGGGACUGGAGACCAUGGCAACCAGAUAUCAGACUGUAGAAAUGCAGGAGAAAUGGAAGGCUACUGUGCUUGCCAUGAAGAAAAAACAGUACAGUUUCCUCGAUCAGACAAGAACUGACUUCGAUGUGGACUAUGAGCAAUUCUGCAAAAGCACCUCUGAGCUCCAUGACCAGCUGAAGAGGUUCAUGGAUAUCACCUUUGAAAAAAUUCAAAACACAGAAAGAGCACUAGAUGUGCUGAAGAAAUUUGAAAGACUGGGCAUCCCAGAUCUUGGCAUUGACGAGAAGUAUCAACAUAUCCUGCUGAAUUAUGGCCGGGACAUUGAAAUGAUUUCCAAGAUGUACAUGAAGCAGAAGCUGGAUCCCCCCAUCGGCAGAGACUUGCCCCCUGUAGCUGGUCGGAUCAUGUGGGCUCGGCAGCUAUACAGCCGGAUCCAGGUUCCCAUGGAUCUCUUUCAACAGCAUCCAGGAGUUCUGUCCACACCGGAGGCGAAGACGAUCAUCAGGAACUUUAACAGAGUAGCAAGAGCCCUGUUGGAGUUUGAGAUCCUCCACCAUAGCAACUGGAUGACAACGAUGGAGGAUGCGAGGGUCGGCUUGAAGGCCUCUCUGCUGGUCCGGUCACCAGAAACAGGGGAGCUGUUUGUGAACCUCGACCCAGAGGUUCUGACCCAGAUUAGGGAAGUGAACUGCAUGAUCAGGAUGAAUCUGGAGAUCCCUCCCUUUGCUGCUCUGCUGCAACUGAAACAGGACAUCUUCAUAAAGAACUACAACAAAUUACAGUUAAUGUUGAGUGAGAACAUAAGAGUGCGGGCAAAGAUUCAGAGUGCUUUUGAACAGCUGGCCACGCCGCAUGUAGCUAAGGUGGAUGGGGCUAUACAGCCAGGUUUGACCUCCCUCAACUGGACGUCUCUGAACAUAGACAAGUAUCUCAGCCGCAUUGACAAGGCUUUGGUCAAUCUGGAGCUGUUGAUGGACAGAGUGAAUGACUUGGUGGAGUUCAGAAUAGAUGCAGUACUGCAGGAGAUGAGUGUUUCUACACUGUGUGUUCUGCCAGAGGACGAACCAGUCACCUGUGAGGCGUUUGUUCAAACCACCAGGGACCUGUGCAUACGACAAGCUCAGAAUCUCCACAUGAAGAGCUCCCUGGUAGAGGAGGCUACUAAUGAACUGAUCAACAUGCUGCUGGAUUUUGACCACAACCAGAGAGAGGAGGUGGAGAAGGUUGAGGAAGAAAGUUGCACUGAGAGAAAAACUAUAGACCACAUUGAAAGUGAAGGUGAAGAUGAGCGCCACUCAGAGGGUCGUCUCUUCAGUCGAAACAUGUUGGUCCCUCCUGCCAGCAUCGGCCCUUCCUCUCCCUUGAUGAGAAAGAAGAAAAAGAAGAGGGACCUGAUGGAGGAGGAAGCCCAUGAGCUGCUCUGCUACUUCAACCACCGCAACGUGGAUGCCCUGCUCAGAGUAACACGCAACACUCUGGAGACGCUACGCAAACGCAUACAUGCUGCUUCACCCAUGCAUUUCUCAGCUGGUUCAACCAGCUCAACCAGCCGUGGUGAAAGCAGUGGUCAGCAGGCGAUCUUCAGAGUCAGUGUGACCCUCUCCAUCCCUAACAUCAGCAUGGUCCCGACUCUGGAGGAGGUCCAGCGGGCUCUGAACCGAGUCGUUGAGUGUAUCGUCAGCGUCAGCAAAGGUGUUGGCCAGUGGAGCAAAGAGAGGAUCUCUAAGAGAAAAAUGAAUGAAAGACGGAUGGCGGCCCUGAAACAAGACAGCUCUGAGAGUGAAUUGGAAGAUGGAGCAACUACGUACAGGAGUUUUGCUGACGGCAGCACCUCAGACAUUUCAGCAUCUGUGAUCCAGGCAAUCCCAUUCCAGGCCAGAAACUACUACAAGAGUGUUUCUGAGAACAAGGAAAUAGCCAAGCUGGUGUCUGUUCUUAGCACCUCCAUCACCUCCACCAAAAAGGAGGUGGUGACAGCUCUGAAUAGUUUCAGCCGUUACCACCACAUCUGGAGAAAGGAGCGCAAAGACACCAUGCAGAAAUUCAUCCAGGGGAGUCCCUUGUUGUCAGAGUUUGAAAGCCACAUUAUUUUCUAUCGAGAUCUGGAGCUGGAAAUAAACUCCGAACCAGAGUACAUCAUUGUUGGCGCCUUGGCUCUAUUCACAGCAUCCCUAAAGAUGUCUCUUACUGCUGAAACCAAGAACUGGAUGGUGGACUACGGACUCUACUGUAACAGGAAAUAUCGCUCAGAAAUGGAGCACAUCUUUGCUUUUGUAGAUGAAGCAGGAAAGAAACUGAAUCGCCAGAUAAAAGACCUGGAUGACGUUCGCAUUGGCAUGGCUGCACUCAAGGAGAUCAGGGAGCGCCAAAUAUCUAUUGAUUUUCAAGUUGGACCCAUAGAGGAGUCCUAUGCCAUGCUUCAUAAAUACGGACUGUCAGUGGCCAAAGAGGAGGCCGAUAAGGUCGAUACUCUGCGAUACACCUGGGAAAAGCUCCUGUCCAGGAGCACAGAGGUACAGAAUGAGCUAGUGUCCUUGCAGCCAAACUUCAGAGGAGAACUGGUCACCAAUGUGGAGAUCUUCGUGGAGGACUGCCAGGACUUUUACCAGGAGUAUGAGAAGGAUGGUCCCAUGGUGGUAGGGUUAGCACCUCAGGAUGCCAGUGACAGACUGAUCAUGUUCCAGAAUCGAUUUGACAACCUGUUCAGGAAGUACAUCACUUACACAAGUGGAGAGGAGCUGUUUGGACUACCUGUUACCCAGCAUCCUCAGCUGUUGGAGAUUAAGAAGCAGCUGACUCUGCUGCAGAAGUUGUAUGGCCUUUACAACAAUGUUAUCGAAACAGUCAAUGGUUACUACGAUAUCCUCUGGGCUGACAUCCAUAUCGAGAAGAUCAAUAAUGAACUUCUAGACUUUCAGACCAGGUGUCGAAAGCUGCCUCAUGCUCUGAAGGAGUGGCAGGCCUUCCUGGACUUGAAGAAAACCAUUGAUGACUUCAGUGAGUGCUGCCCCCUGCUGGAACUAAUGACCAACAAAGCCAUGAUGACUCGCCACUGGAAGAGAAUCACGGAGGUGACUGGUCAUACCUUUGAGGUGGAAACUGAUACGUUUAAACUGCGGAACAUUAUGGAGGCUCCUUUGCUCAAGAAUAAAGAGGAGAUUGAGGACAUCUGUAUCAGUGCGGUGAAAGAACGGGACAUUGAGCAAAAGCUGAAGCAGGUAAUUGCUGAGUGGGACAACAAGACUUUUACAUUUGCCAGCUUUAAGACCCGUGGAGAGCUGCUGCUGAGAGGAGACAGCACAGCGGAGAUCAUCGCCAGCAUGGAGGACAGCCUCAUGAUUCUGGGCUCUCUCAUGAGCAACAGGUACAACACCCCGUUUAAAGCCCAGAUUCAGAAGUGGGUUCAGAAUCUUUCCAACACCACCGAUAUCAUCGAGCACUGGAUGACCGUGCAGAACCUCUGGAUCUAUCUGGAGGCCGUGUUCGUGGCAGGCGACAUCGCCAAACAGCUGCCUAAAGAAGCAAAGCGUUUCUCCAACAUUGAUAAGUCCUGGGUAAAAAUCAUGAUGCGAGCCCAUGAAAUGCCUAACGUUGUCCAGUCGUGUGUUGGAGAUGAAACUAUGGGACAGCUGCUUCCUCACCUGCUGGAACAGCUGGAGAUCUGCCAGAAGUCACUGACAGGCUAUUUGGAGAAGAAGCGUUUGCUGUUUCCUCGUUUCUUCUUCGUCUCGGACCCUGCCCUGCUGGAGAUCCUGGGCCAGGCCUCAGACUCCCACACCAUCCAGGCCCAUCUUCUCAAUGUCUUCGACAACAUCAAAAGUGUCCGAUUCCAUGACAAGGUGUAUGACCGUAUUCUUGCGGUGUCAUCCCGUGAAGGGGAAACAGUGGAGCUGGAGCAUGCCGUCACUGCAGAGGGGAAUGUGGAGGUUUGGCUCAACGCUUUGCUGAAAGAAUCCCAGAAGUCUUUACAUAACGUGAUCAGACAGGCUUCGCUCAUCAUCCAGGAGUCUGACUUCCAGCUCAUCGACUUCCUUAACUCCUUCCCUGCUCAGGUGGGCUUGCUUGGUAUCCAGAUGAUCUGGACGAGGGACUCUGAGGAGGCUCUGACUAAUGCUCGAUAUGAUCGCCACAUUAUGUCUAAAACCAACCAGUUCUUCCUGGACCUACUGAACACACUGAUUGAUAUGACGACAAGAGACCUGGAGGCUGUAGAGAGGACGAAAUACGAGACGCUCAUCACCAUCCACGUCCAUCAGAGGGACAUAUUUGAUGACCUGUGUCGGUUGCACGUCAAAAGCCCAAAUGACUUCGAGUGGCUGAAACAGUGUCGCUUCUACUUCAACGAGGACUCAGACAAGAUGAUCAUCAACAUCACAGAUGUGGUUUUCGCAUACCAGAAUGAAUUUCUGGGCUGCACUGAAAGGCUUGUCAUUACACCUCUGACUGACAGGUGCUACAUCACCUUAGCCCAGGCUCUCGGUAUGAGUAUGGGUGGAGCUCCUGCUGGUCCAGCAGGAACAGGAAAGACUGAGACCACAAAGGACAUGGGUCGCUGUUUGGGAAAGUAUGUUGUGGUCUUCAACUGUUCUGACCAGAUGGACUUCAGAGGGCUAGGGAGAAUUUUCAAAGGUCUGGCUCAGUCCGGUUCUUGGGGCUGUUUCGAUGAGUUCAAUCGCAUCGACCUCCCAGUUCUGUCUGUGGCAGCCCAGCAGGUCGCGAUUCUCCUGACCUGCAGGAAGGAACGUCGUAAAAACUUUAGCUUCACCGAUGGAGACAAUGUGGAUAUGAACCCCGAGUUUGGCAUCUUUAUUACCAUGAACCCAGGUUAUGCAGGUCGUCAGGAGCUUCCUGAGAACCUGAAGAUCAACUUCCGCUCUGUGGCCAUGAUGGUUCCUGACCGUCAAAUCAUUAUUAGAGUGAAACUGGCCAGCUGUGGGUUUAUAGACAACAUGGAGCUGGCCCGCAAGUUCUUCACUCUUUACAAGCUGUGCGAGGAGCAACUCUCCAAGCAGGUUCACUAUGACUUUGGCCUGAGGAACAUUCUGUCAGUUCUGAGAACACUGGGAGCAGCCAAGCGAGCAAACCCCAGCGACACAGAGUCCACCAUCGUCAUGAGGGUUCUGAGAGAUAUGAACCUCUCCAAACUGAUCGAUGAGGACGAGCCUCUCUUCCUGAGCUUAAUUGAAGACCUCUUCCCAGACAUCCAGCUUGAUAAAGCCGGCUACCCUGAACUAGAGGCUGCCAUCGACAAACAGGUUGAGGGUGCCGGUCUGAUCAUUCACCCUCCCUGGAAGCUAAAGGUCAUCCAGCUGUUUGAGACUCAGAGGGUUCGACACGGUAUGAUGGCUCUGGGACCCAGUGGGGCUGGAAAGACCACUUGUAUACACACUCUGAUGAAAGCAAUGACAGAGUGUGGUGAACCUCACAGAGAGUUACGCAUGAACCCAAAAGCCAUCACAGCACCUCAGAUGUUUGGUCGGCUAGAUGUGGCAACAAAUGACUGGACUGAUGGUAUCUUUUCCACGCUGUGGAGAAAAACCCUGAGAGCAAAGAAAGGAGAGCACAUCUGGAUAGUCCUGGAUGGACCUGUUGAUGCCAUCUGGAUUGAAAACCUGAACUCGGUUUUGGACGACAACAGAACUCUUACGCUGGCUAAUGGAGACCGGAUACCAAUGGCUCCUAACUGUAAGGUGGUUUUUGAGCCGCAUAACAUUGACAACGCCUCUCCAGCCACUGUCUCUCGUAACGGCAUGGUCUUCAUGAGCUCCUCUGUGCUCAACUGGAGCCCCAUACUGGAGGGCUGGUUGAAGAAAUGCUCUCCCCAGGAGGCAGAAAUUCUGAGGGAGCUGUUCUCCUCCUCCUUCUCUGACCUCUACCGCUUCAGUGUGCAGUCACUGGAGUUCAAGAUGGACAUGCUGGAGGCCUUUGUUAUCAUGCAGUGCAUAAACAUGCUGCAGGGACUCAUACCACCCAAGGAGCAGUGUGGUGAGUUGUCCAGAGAGCACUUGGAGCGGCUCUAUGUCUUCGCCCUCAUGUGGAGCACCGGAGCUUUACUAGAACUUGAAGACCGGAAGAAGAUGGAGAUCUGGCUCAGAGAAAACGACAGUAUCCGUCUAAACCUGCCAGACAUCCCACCUCACAGUGACAACACCAUGUUUGAUUACCACGUCACAUCAGAUGGUCAUUGGGUCCACUGGAGCACCAGAGUGGAGGAAUACAUUUAUCCGUCUGAAAUCACGCCAGAAUAUAGCUCCAUCCUGGUCCCCAAUGUGGACAAUGUUAGAACAGACUUCUUAAUUCAAACCAUCGCCAAGCAGGGCAAGGCGGUUUUGCUCAUCGGUGAACAAGGAACAGCAAAAACAGUCAUCAUCAAAGGCUACAUGUCAAAGUACGACCCUGAGACCCAUGCAGGAAAGAGUCUCAGCUUCUCCUCUGCUACCACACCACUCAUGUUCCAGAGGUCAGUCGAGAGCUACGUGGACAAGAGGAUGGGAACCACUUAUGGACCUCCUGCUGGGAAGAAAAUGUCCAUUUUAAUAGAUGAUAUCAACAUGCCUGUAAUCAAUGAGUGGGGAGACCAGGUGACUAAUGAGAUAGUCAGACAACUGAUGGAACAGAAUGGGUUCUUUAAUUUGGAGAAACCAGGAGAGUUCACGAAUAUUGUGGAUGUUCAGUUCCUGGCAGCUAUGAUUCAUCCAGGAGGAGGCCGUAAUGAUAUUCCUCAGAGACUGAAGAGGCAGUUCUCCAUCUUUAACUGCACUCUGCCCUCCGAUGCUUCCAUAGAUAAGAUAUUUGGUGUGAUCGGUGAGGGCCACUUCUGUGCACGUCGUGGUUUUAAUGAGGAGGUUCAGAUCACCGUACCUCGCUUGGUGUCUCUGACCCGCCACCUCUGGCAGCAGACAAAGUCCAAGAUGCUUCCAACUCCUGCAAAAUUCCACUACAUCUUCAACCUGAGGGAUCUGUCCAGGGUCUGGCAGGGCAUGCUCAGCACCACUGCUGAGGUGGUCGACUCUGUCCAGGUGUUGCUGGCACUUUGGAAGCACGAAUGCCAACGUGUGAUAGCAGAUCGAUUCACCAUCCCCGAUGACGUGGAAUGGUUCAACCAGGCUAUGGCAAAGCUGGUGGGAGACAAACUUGGCGAGGAGCACAAGAAAAUAGUGGACUAUGGAGUAGACAGAUACUUUGUUGACUUCCUGCGAGAUGCUCCUGAGGCUACAGGGGAAGAGCCAGAAGAUACAAAUUUUGAUAUGCCAAAAGUGUACGAGCCUAUUGACUCAUUUGAGAGUUUAAAAGAGCGUCUGAACAUGUUGCUGAGCCACUACAAUGAGAGCAUCAGGGGCACUGCCAUGGACAUGGUCUUCUUUCAGGAUGCUAUGAUCCAUCUGGUCAAGGUCUCAAGGAUAAUACGAACUCCUGGAGGUAACGCCUUGUUGGUGGGUGUUGGAGGUUCUGGCAAACAGAGUCUGACCAGACUGGCCUCAUUCAUAGCCGGAUACAGCAUCUUCCAGAUCACUCUCACGCGCUCAUACAACACAACCAACCUGAUGGAUGACCUGAAGGCUUUGUACAGAACAGCCGGCCAGCAGGGAAAAGGCGUUAGUUUCAUCUUUACUGAUAAUGAAAUCAAAGAUGAGUCAUUCCUGGAGUACAUGAACAACGUGCUGUCGUCUGGAGAGGUGUCCAACUUGUUUGCUCGUGAUGAGAUUGACGAGAUUCUCAGCGAUCUCAUCCCCAUCAUGAAGCGGGAGUUUCCCAGGCGACCACCGAGCAAUGAGAACCUGUACGAGUACUUCAUGUCACGAGUCCGGAAUAACCUCCACGUUGUUUUGUGCUUUUCGCCUGUUGGGGAAAAGUUCCGCAACCGAGCGCUGAAGUUUCCUGCACUGAUCUCUGGAUGCACCAUGGACUGGUUCAGUCGCUGGCCCAAAGACGCACUUGUUGCUGUUUCGGAGCACUUCUUGUCGGUCUACGACAUCGACUGCUCAGCCCAGGUGAAGAGUGAGGUGGUGCAGUGUAUGGGCUCCUUCCAGGACGGUGUGGCUGAAAAAUGUGUGGACUACUUCCAGAGGUACCGACGCUCCACCCACGUCACACCCAAGUCCUACCUGUCCUUCAUUCAGGGCUACAAGUCCAUCUAUCAGGAGAAGAGGUCUGAAGUCCAGACUCUGGCCGACAGGAUGAAUACUGGUCUCGAAAAGCUGAAGGAGGCAUCUGAGUCUGUAGGAGCUCUGAGUAAGGAGCUGGAGGUGAAGGAAAAGGAGCUGCAGGUGGCCAAUGACAAGGCUGAUAUGGUGUUGAAGGAGGUGACGGUAAAAGCUCAGGCAGCAGAGAAAGUGAAGGUGGAAGUGCAGAAAGUGAAGGACAAGGCUCAGGCUAUUGUAGACAGCAUUAUAGCUGACAAGGCCUUCGCUGAGGAGAAACUUGAAGCUGCCCAACCAGCUCUGGAUGAGGCAGAGGCUGCACUGAAGACCAUCAAGCCGGCAGAUAUUGCCACAGUCCGAACACUUGGCCGGCCUCCUCAUCUCAUCAUGCGGAUCAUGGAUUGCGUGCUGCUGCUCUUCCAGAGGCGAGUCAACACUGUAAAGAUCGACCCGGAGAAGAACUGCAACAUUCCGUCCUGGCAGGAAUCGCUAAAACUCAUGACAGCUGGAAACUUCCUGGGCAACCUGCAGCAAUUCCCCAAAGACUCCAUUAACGAGGAAAUGGUGGAGCUGCUGCAGCCUUAUUUUGAAAUGCCCGACUACAACAUCGAGACAGCCAAGAGGGUGUGUGGCAACGUGGCCGGCCUCGCAUCCUGGACCAAAGCUAUGGCUUCCUUCUUCUCCAUCAACAAAGAAGUCUUGCCCUUGAAGGCUAACUUGGCAGUGCAGCAGAACCGUCUGGCCAUAGCUAAUGCGGACCUCGAGAAAGCCCAGUCAGAACUGGAUGCCAAACAGGCAGAGCUGGAUGUGGUACAGGGGGAAUAUGACAAGGCCAUGAUGGAGAAACAGACGCUGCUGGAGGACGCUGAGCGCUGCAGACACAAGAUGCAGACGGCGUCCAGCCUCAUCAGCGGCCUCGCUGGCGAGAAGGAGAGAUGGACGGAGCAGAGCAAAGAAUUCGCUGCUCAAACCAAACGCCUUGUUGGCGAUGUUCUUCUGGCCACAGCUUUCCUCUCAUACUCUGGACCCUUCAAUCAGGAAUUUCGGAGUCUCCUCCUGAGUGAUUGGCAACGAGAGCUGAAGCAGCGUUGCAUCCCAUUUGGCAACAACCUCAACGUGACCGAGCUGCUCAUCGAUGCUCCGACUGUUAGUGAGUGGAACCUACAGGGGCUCCCUAAUGAUGACCUCUCCAUUCAGAAUGGUAUCAUUGUGACCAAAGCCGCUCGCUUCCCUCUUCUCAUUGACCCUCAGACUCAGGGAAAAAUAUGGAUCAAGAACAAAGAGGCCAGCAAUGAGCUGCAGAUCACCUCACUGAACCAUAAGUACUUCAGGAACCACCUGGAGGACAGUUUGUCUCUUGGCCGUCCCCUUCUGAUUGAGGAUGUUGGGGAGGAGCUGGACCCUGCACUCGACAACGUCCUCGAGAAAAACUUCAUCAGAACUGGCUCCACUUACAAGGUGAAAGUUGGAGACAAAGAGGUGGAUGUGAUGAAGGAGUUCCGGCUAUAUAUGACCACCAAACUGCCCAACCCGGCUUACACUCCAGAAAUCAGCGCUCGCUCCUCCAUCAUUGACUUCACUGUCACCAUGAGAGGACUGGAGGACCAGCUGCUGGGAAGAGUCAUCCUCACUGAAAAACAGGAACUGGAGAAGGAGAGGACGGACCUCUUAGAAGAUGUGACGUCUAACAAGAGAAAGAUGAAGGAGCUAGAAGACAACCUCCUCUACCGGCUGACCAGCACUCAGGGUUCACUGGUGGAUGAUGAGAGUCUGAUUCUGGUGCUUAGCAACACAAAGCGCACAGCUGAAGAGGUUACUCAGAAACUGCAGAUUGCUGCUGAGACAGAGAUCCAGAUCAAUGCUGCCAGAGAAGAGUACCGACCAGUGGCCACCAGGGGCAGCAUCCUGUACUUCCUGAUCACAGAGAUGAGUAUGGUGAACGUCAUGUAUCAGACGUCCCUCAGACAGUUCCUGGGACUGUUUGACUUUUCCCUGGCCAGGUCAUCCAAAAGCCCCAUCACCAGCAAACGGAUCGCCAGCAUCAUCGAGUUCAUGACCUUCAAGGUGUAUCAAUACGCAGCACGAGGCCUGUACGAGGAGCACAAGUUCCUCUUCACUUUGCUGCUGACACUGAAGAUUGACAUGCAGAGGAACAGAGUCAAACACGAGGAAUUUCUCACGCUCAUUAAAGGAGGUGCAUCUCUGGACCUGAAGGCUUGCCCCCAGAAACCAGCUAAAUGGAUCCUCGACAUGACCUGGCUCAACCUGGUGGAGCUCAGCAAACUGUGGCAGUUCUCUGAUGUAUUGGAUCAGAUAACUCGUAAUGAGAAGCAGUGGAAAUCCUGGUUCGAUAAGGAGGCUCCAGAGGAGGAGGUGGUUCCAAACUCCUACGGUCAGGCUCUCGACUGUUUCAGACGGCUGCUCCUCAUACGCUGCUGGUGUCCUGACAGAACCAUCGCACAGGCCCGUAAAUACAUAACGGACGCAAUGGGGGAGGAGUAUGCUGAAGGGGUGAUUCUGGACUUGGAGAAGAUGUGGGAGGAAUCCGAUCCACGGACGCCUCUCAUCUGCUUCCUCUCGAUGGGCUCAGACCCAACCGACUCCAUUAUUGCACUGGGGAAAAAGCUGAAGAUUGAGACCCGAUACGUCUCAAUGGGACAAGGACAGGAGGUUCAUGCUCGGAAGCUUCUGCAGCAGUUGAUGGCUAACGGCGGCUGGGCUUUAUUCCAGAACUGCCACCUCGGGCUGGACUUCAUGGACGAGCUGAUGGACACAGUCACAGAGACGGACUUCGUUAAUGACAGCUUCCGCCUCUGGAUGACUACAGAAGUCCACAGACACUUCCCCAUCACACUUCUGCAGAUGUCCAUCAAGUUCACCAAUGAACCACCACAAGGUCUGAAGGCGGGGCUGAAGAGGACCUAUGGAGGUAUAAACCAGGACCUUUUGGAUGUCAGUAACAUGGUGCAGUGGAAGCCAAUGCUCUAUGGAGUAGCGUUUCUCCACAGCACAGUGCAGGAAAGGAGGAAAUAUGGCCCUCUGGGAUGGAACAUCCCCUACGAGUUCAACCAGGCCGACUUCAACGCUACUGUCCAGUUUAUUCAGAACCAUCUUGAUGAUAUGGACAUUAAAAAGGGUGUGUCAUGGAACACCGUGAGAUAUAUGAUCGGAGAGAUUCAGUACGGCGGCCGUGUGACUGAUGACUAUGACAAGCGGCUCCUGAACACCUUUGCCAAAGUGUGGUUUAGUGAGGACAUGUUUGGAGCUGCCUUCACCUUCUACAAAGGCUACAGCAUCCCCAAAUGCUCCAGUGUUGAUCAGUAUCUGACAUACAUCCAGGGUCUUCCAGCCUAUGACACUCCAGAGGUGUUCGGUCUCCACCCAAAUGCAGACAUCACGUUCCAGAGCAAACUGGCUAAAGAUGUACUGGACACCAUCCUCAGUAUUCAACCCAAAGAUAGCUCAUCAGGUGGAGGCGAAACCAGAGAGGCUGCAGUGUUCAGGCUGGCUGACGACAUGUUGGAGAAACUGCCUCCCGACUACGUACCUUUUCAAGUAAGAGAGCAUCUCCAGAAGAUGGGUCCUUUCAAGCCCAUGAACAUCUUCCUGCGUCAGGAGAUCGAUCGGAUGCAGAGAGUCAUAGUUCUCGUACGAAACACUCUGACGGAUCUCAAGUUGGCCAUCGAUGGAACCAUCAUCAUGAGCGAGAACCUUCGGGAUGCUCUCGACUGCAUGUAUGACGCACGCAUUCCUGCACGCUGGAAGAAGGCAUCGUGGGCAUCCAGCACCCUGGGGUUCUGGUUCACAGAGUUGCUUGAGCGGAACCGGCAGUUCCAUGCUUGGAUCUUUAAAGGGCGGCCCAACUGCUUCUGGAUGACAGGCUUCUUCAACCCGCAGGGCUUCCUGACAGCCAUGAGACAGGAGAUCACUCGGGCCAACAAAGGCUGGGCUCUGGACCGCAUGGUGCUCUGCAACGAGGUGACCAAGUGGAUGAAGGAUGACAUCAGCCAGCCGCCCACAGAGGGAGUGUACGUCUACGGCCUCUACCUGGAGGGAGCCGGAUGGGACCGCCGCAGCUGCAAACUCAUCGAUUCCAAACCCAAAGUCCUCUUCGAAAUGAUGCCUGUGAUCAGGAUGUACGCCGAGAAUAACGGUGUGAAGGAUUCCCGCCUCUAUUCCUGUCCAAUCUACAAGAAGCCCGUCAGAACAGAUAUGAAUUAUAUUGCAGCUGUAGACCUGAAGACUUCCCUUCCUCCAGAAUACUGGAUCCUACGAGGCGUCGCACUCCUCUGUGAUGUGAAAUGAUUGCUUCAGACCCGCCUCUCAAUACCAGUGAUGAUGCUCGACUUGGUGGUUUCCUCAUCCUGGACCAGACUGACGCAGAACUUACUGUUUUCUUCUCUGCUUCAGUUUGCAAAUGUCAACCUAUCAAUUGUCAAAAAACACGUAACACAGGUCCUGAAUCUCCUAACUCGUGAGACUUCCUGCAUCUUGCUUGUGACAGUUGCGUGUUUUAUGCAUGUGUACCAUAAACAGUGCCAGAACUUUUUCCUCACGCCUUGUACAGAGUAUCAGUAUAUUUUCAUCGUAUGGCAGGACGAUGACUUUAUUGUUUUUUAAAGAAUGCUGCAAGUUAAAAAAAAAAAAAAAAAGCCUGUAGAAUUUAAAUACAUAUAAAUUUUAAUUGAGUUUUUACAAAAAACAAUGGCAUCAUUAAAACAUCAAAACACUU